AAACAGAACCCCGCCAACAUGUAGACGUUGCAAUCCACUGUGGCGAUCUCACAGAGGGGUCUACAUUAGAGGAGUUCCACCUUACCAUAAAGCUCCUAACAAAUCUCAACGCACCCCUCAAGCUUGUCAUCGCAGGAAACCAUGACUACACUCUGGAUAUUCCUUUCUGAGUUGGACAACAGGCCAAGUAUCUUGACCCAGCACGAAUUAAGAGAGCCUACGGCGACUUUGGAGAGGCGAGGCAGCUCUUCGGCAAUGAUACUGCCAGAUCCGCCGGCAUCGUAUUUCUCGAGGAGGGAACCCACCAUUUUACCUUAAAAGAAUGGCGCAUCGUUGACUGUCUAUGCUAGCCCUAUAACACCCUCAUGUGGAGGCUGGGCGUUUCAAUACCAUACCAGGCUGGGAUAUACAUUUGAAAUCGACAACGGCGUCGACUUGGUCAUGACCCAUGGCCCACCAAAAGGUAUCCUGGAUCGCACACUGUCAGGCGCCAGGGCGGGUAGCACACAUGUCUUCGAAGCCGUUUCCCGCGCUCGACCACGGUUACACUGUUUCGGGCACAUUCAUGAAGCCUGGGGUGCGAAGCUCGUUACAUGGCCACCGGUAGAUUAGAUGACUGCACCCCCUUCAUAUUUAGCUGAUGUCGGUGAAGAGCGUUUAGUUUUGGUGGUAGAUCUAUCGACAUUAAGAGGUGGAUUGAGAUCGGAACCUGGUGGGCCUGAAAGUUUAGAGGGGAGUGGGGAUAAGUCGGGGAAGUGUGCUAAGACGUGCUACGCAACCAGUCAUUGUUCUGGAGAUGCCUAUCCUAUUGCAGCGGGCUCGCAAACGCUCUUUGUAAAUGCAUCCAUUAAAGGUGUGGAUGAGGAUUAUCCGUCGCACCUGGCAUGGCUGGUUGACAUUGACCUUCCAAGGGCGAGCUAAGAUAUUUUCCAACGAGCUCUCCUGAAGCAUCAUCAGAAUCUGAUAUAGCGCCUGCAUUCACUUGUGCGCUCUCGCAACAAAUGGAAUGGCCCAUACAUUGAGCUAACUAUUUGUGGUGAAUUUCUGAAAAUGGCGAUGAUCCUGCUUGAGGAAAUCUCCUACCUCCAAACUUGCCACCUGUCUGAUGUACUCGGAGACAACCCCAAGCAACUUCCGUUGAAAAGUCAAAAUGUAUUGAUCACUUCCUGGCCCGUAACCGGGGAAAGAGGGCCACCAGCACUACAACGAUAAAUGAAAAUGAAGAGAGAAAUAACAAUAGGGAUUGUCUACGAUUCCAAGAUUCUAAUGAUGAUCUAGAUCCAUGGAUGCUUGGGAGUGCGCUGUUUCAAGGUCACAUAGUACACAGCUGUACAAGUCACUAUUUCCAUAUCUCGAGGCACAUUCACACUAUUAUUAACGUUACGAAACAUGAAAGCAUGGUGUAACUAGCUCCAAAAAUAAAAGCAAAAGGAAAGUUCAGAACUUGUGGAAUAUUUUUCUAUUUUCUCGAGCUCGUCGGGCCAAGCAUAUCAGAGAUAUUCAGAUUAGCAAUCUUCAUGUCGCCGGUAACCAGUCAAAGCCAGCAGAUUAAAUACAGGUAGGUGUUGCCUGUUUACCAUGUAG